AUGGAUCUGCUGCUGGUGGUGAACACGAGCUUGGGCUCCCCCAACGAGUCCCUGGCGCUGCCCCCCUCCUCGCCGUCCUCCUCGGCCCUGCUGCAGCCGCCCUCCCCCUACUCCCCGGCGGCCGUGGCCAGCCUGGCGGCGGUGGUGGGCUUCCUCAUCGUCUUCACCAUCGUGGGAAACGUGCUGGUGGUGAUAGCAGUGCUCACCAGCCGGGCGCUGAGAGCCCCCCAGAACCUCUUCCUCGUGUCCCUGGCCAGCGCGGACAUCCUGGUGGCUACCCUGGUCAUGCCUUUCUCCUUAGCCAACGAGCUUAUGAAUUACUGGUACUUCGGCAAGGCUUGGUGUAACAUUUACCUGGCGCUGGAUGUGCUCUUCUGCACCUCCUCCAUCGUCCACCUGUGCGCCAUCAGCCUUGACAGGUAUUGGUCGGUCACACAGGCGGUGGAGUACAACCUCAAACGGACACCUCGGCGGAUCAAGGCCAUCAUCCUCACUGUCUGGCUGAUUUCAGCUGUCAUCUCCUUCCCGCCAUUGAUCUCCAUGUACCGGGACCCUGAAGGAGAUGGCUUUCCCCAGUGCAAGCUCAAUGACGAGACAUGGUACAUCCUUUCUUCUUGCAUUGGCUCUUUCUUUGCCCCCUGCCUCAUCAUGGUGUUGGUCUAUAUCCGCAUCUACCGCGUGGCCAAGCUAAGGACCAGGACCCUCUCUGAGAAGCGUACGAUGCCAGAGGGGUCCUCCCAGACUGAGAAUGGCUUGAGCCGCGCUCCUGGCGGCUGCACGUCCCUGAGGAUGCAGCUGGGAGAGAAUGGACAUUAUUCAGUGCACCACUGGCGCAAAGCCUCUGAGCUGGAGGACAUUGAGCUGGAGGAGAGCAGCACCUCAGAGAGUAGACGGAGGCGGAGCCGGGAGGAGCAUCCCCGCAAAAGCAGCAAGAGCCAGUCCUUCUCCUACUCGUAUUCCUCCAAGCACUCUAGUAGCCGUCUGUCCCGCUCUAGCAAUCGCUCCAUGCAGUUCUUCUCAUAUCGCCGUCGCCGGAAGCGUAGCAGCAUCUGCCGUAAGAAAGUCACCCAGGCCCGGGAGAAACGCUUCACUUUUGUGCUGGCUGUGGUCAUGGGGGUCUUUGUAGUUUGCUGGUUCCCUUUCUUCUUCAGCUACAGCCUCUAUGGUAUUUGCCGGGAGGCAUGUGAGGUCCCUGAGACUCUCUUCAAGUUCUUCUUCUGGAUUGGGUAUUGCAAUAGCUCCCUCAACCCAGUCAUCUACACAAUCUUCAACCAGGACUUCCGCAGGUCCUUUAAACACAUUCUGUUUAAAAAGAAGAAGAAGAACUUCCGGCAUUGA